AUGAUUCCACGUAUGUUUGAUGUUAUCAAAGAACCUCAGACGGUUCUGUCAGCUAUUGAUGGCUAUCAACACUGCCCUCUUUUACCGUUGGAAAUUGCCAUUAAACCUCUUAUUCCAUUCUUUGAAGAUGGCAGUCUUGAGCGUAAUGCUUGGAUUGUGAAAGAAGGAUGCAAGAAUCCAUCGAAUAAUUUAACUGUUGAUGAGUCUGCAUCAAUUAGGUUAUAUACAUUCAAUUGGGAUCGCAGUGAAAACAGUCUUUAUUACUUAUUAAAUGAAACAUUACGAACAGAAAAAAGAGAAAAACUUGCGCCUUGGUAUACCUAUUUAAAACUUCUUCUUACCGCUCUUUAUCGUCUUCCACCGACUAAAGAAACUAUUUUUCGUGGUGUCAAACUUGAUAUAUCAUCACAAUAUGUCGUAGGUCAACAGCAUUUCUGGUGGGGUUUAUCAUCAUGCACAGAUUCAAUGGAUUUAUUGCAAUCGAAACAGUUUUGUGGACAAGAAGGACAAAGAACAAUAUUUUUCAUUAAAUGUAAUAGUGGACGUUCUAUAAAACGACAUUCAUUUUAUAGUGGUGAACAAGAAAUUCUAUUAAUGCCUGGUUUUUACUUUGAAGUUGAAAGUAAUAGUGAUCUUGGUCAUGGUCUUCAUUUCAUUCAUUUAGUCGAAAAAGUACCGCCACACGUUAUGCUUCCAUUGCCUGAGAAAGCUGGUAUUUUCAUCGAAGCUAUUUGUCAUAACAAAGCAUGUACACUCUUUAAUCGACAGAUACGAAUCUCAUUUGGAUGCUGCUCUCUAAAUAUAUUAGCUGAUCUUGAUGAAAAUAAUUGUAAAUGUCCAUUGUGUUCUGAAUAUACAGAACCUGAGAAAUAUGGAGUAAUAGAUUGUUGGUGGCGUUGGUCAGCUAAAAAAAAAGAAAAACAAUCAAAACCACCUAUAACUUGUUCAGAAGAUUGGAUGUAUGCAGAGGGUCCAACUUACUUUCAACCGAAAACUGAUGAAAACUCGACAACAGUAUGGCUAAAAUUAGUUAUUGAAGCGAAAGAUAAAUCCUCGUGA